GCAGAGGAACUCAGUGAGUGAAUGAAGAAAGCUGGGAGCAAGACGUAAAUAAUAAUGUGGACACUGAUCUAUGGAUUAACACACUUCACACAGACUCAUGGAUCUAGCUGCUGUCUGGACUCUGUAAGAGUAGAGAAAUGGAUCUUCAUGUGUCAGAUAAUUCUGACAGUCUAGCCGACAUGGAGCGUGUGAGCCGGAGUAAAGUGGAACAUGGGCGACAGACGCACCAGGUGUUACAGAGCACACCUUUAGACCUGAUUGAGACAGGCAAGUCCCUGAAAGUCCAGGCAGAGCGCCCCCACCUGGUUAGUUUGGGAAGUGGGCGUCUGAGCACCGCCAUCACCUUGUUGCCACUGCUGGAAGGGAGAACCACGCUGGGCAGUGGGGUGACAGAUAUCCCUCUGCAGGGCAAUGGCAUCGCAGCUCAGCACUGCUACAUUGAAAACCAAGCAGGCAGCAUCACCUUGUACCCAUGUGGAAACCAGUGCUCUGUAGAUGGCCUGGCCAUCACCAAGCCCCAUCGUCUGACACAAGGGUGCAUGCUGUGUUUCGGUCAGUCGGUCUUUUUCCGCUUCAACCAUCCAGAGGAGGCCCUGCGGAUGAAGAGCAUGCUGCCCGGAGGAAGCCAAGGACGGAGCACUACAAGAACUCAACCUACUGACUCCCACAGUGUCCUGAAUGGAAACCAUCAGUCUCUUUCAAGCAAUGGUGACUCCAAAGUCAACAACAUAGCAAAGAACCUCCAGGACUCUUUGGUGCUGAAGGCUGGAGCUGGUAAACAGCCUGUUCCUCAGCCCUCUCAUCCAAACAUGCUCAAUGGGAGAAACGGCUCCACGACCGAGGAUUCCAUUUGUGAAAACAGCAGCAGCUUUCUGAACCAGAACCUCGGCAGUAAAACCCCUCCAGUACCAGCCCGAUCCCCUCAUACCAACCAAUCUCCUGUCCCCCAUCCACGGACCUCACUCUCUGUGGCCUCAAGCGGUACAAGUGGUGGUCGGAGGGCCCAGGAGAGCCCAAAGCUUCUUAGAAACACAAGAGCAGAGGCCACAUCAAGCCCCACACCAUCUAGUAAGGGGUCAGGACAGGGCGCAGAAAACUCUAACCCAAGUCGCAAAACAUCCCCUGUCAAAUUUUCCCCAACAGCUCCAUCCAGCCCUCGAGUGAGAGGCUCCUCCCUACAGAAGAGAUCACCCAGUCCGAUGCGAGAUACACGCAUCUCUAAUGUAGAGGUCCCUCAAAGGCUCAGGACUCCAGAGCUGACUGGUUCUACCAGCCUGAGAGAACUUCCUCCCCUCAGUCCUUACAUGUCCCGCAGAGGGACUCCAGGAUCGCAGGGCUCGGCUUCCUCCCUCGCCUCACAGGGCUUCACAGUAAAACCCCUCCCAGAGGGCCCCCAGGGACACCUCAAACACACAACUACUUCAAAGGCAGAAGCCAUGAGGGCACUGUAUGCCCAGGGUCCACCACCACUCUCUGGUCUGGAGAAGGAGCCUGGAGGGAGGCAGAUAAGGACUGGCCCAGGUGGUGCCAUCAUGUCAGGCCUGGGUUCUCUGUCUGGCUCCUCUCCUCUUGCUAGCCCUCAUAGCCAAAGAAAAACCUCCUGCAUGACCACAGCAGGAUCCUCCAGCAAGGAACAGAGUUUCAUGAAACCGUAUACCCGUGAACGCAAGAACAGUAUCUCUGAGAUCAGUGACAAUGAGGACGAGUUGCUGGAAUAUCACCGCUGGCAGAGAGAGGAGAGGCUGCGUGAGCAGGAGAUGGAGAAACUGGAGCGGCAGAGGCUGGAGACCAUCCUCAAUCUGUGCGCAGACUAUAAUCACGAGGACAGUGCUGCGGAGCUGGCCGAGGUGGUGAGGAGUGGACUGCUGGGGGGCGCUAGAGGAGCCUGCUCGGACACAGCAGGGGGGAUGUCUCUUCAGGGAGUAGACAAAGCCCAGAGGGUGAGAGAGAACGAUGAGGAAACCCAGAGAGAAGAGUCUAGCAGCACAGAGAGCACACAUCAAGAGGUGAUACACACAUUGAUGCAAUGUGAGGAGCUGUUAGCCAGUCAGGAGCAGGCCUACCUGGAGGAAGAGAGAAGCCGGAUCUUGGCCAGGGUCGACGACUUGAAACACAGAGUCAGUGAACUGGAGCUGCAGCUACAAGAGACCAAACAGGAGGUGGAGAUGGAGCAGGCCCUGCUGCAGGCCGAGAGGCGGGCAGAGCAGGAGCAGGCGGACGCUGAAAAUGAAAUCAUCUCUCAGCUGCAGCUCAAACUCAGCCAGCUGGACAAGGCCACCCAGAAAGACAAGGACAAGGGGAGGGCUAAUGUGUCGGCUGAGCGGAAGGUCCUGGAAAAGCAGAGGAAUGAGUACAAUGAGCUGAAGAGGCAGUUUGAUAAGUGCCCCUUGUCUCUAAGGGAACAGUUACAGGAGCAGCUCAGCAGGAAAGCUGAAGCUCUGGAGUCCGGGACCAAGCAGUUUGAGGAGCUAGAGUUCUGCCAGCUGGAGGAGGAGAGCAGUCUGGAGGAGAAGAAAGAGACUCAGAGCUCGCAGCUUCUCCAAGAGCGGGCUGAGUAUCACUGCAGCUUGGCCAAGAGGAAGGAGAAGAUAGCUGCCAUGGAAGCUCAGGUGAAGCAGCUGGGGUUACAGGCGACUCAAGACUGUGAGAGGAUAGCGAGAGAGAGGACAGUGACUCUGCAGCUGCUACACAAGGAGCAAGACAAGUUGUGCACCAUGGAGAAGAGGUACCACACCCUGACAGGAGGGAAAAACUUCCCAAAGCCCAACAACAGCAUGAAAGAGGAAUGUCUUCACAUCAGCGAACCUGACCUUGUUUAUGUGGACGGUCCUCCUCAUAGCCCCUGUCCCUCCUCUGCCUCCCUCUCCUCCUCUCACAUCCCCUCCCCUGAACUCUAUCCUGUUAGGCUGCAAGAGGAGUACCUCAGGCUCUCUGAUGUCUAUAAGAUGUAUGGAAACGCCUCUGUACAAACCCACUCUACUUCCCCCGCUGCUCUUCACUGCCUCUCCCUCACUGUAGCUCCAUCUCUGCCAUGCGAGGAGUACAUCACAGUCAGUCAGUUAAGCCAGAUCUUUGGGAUGCAGAGAGUCGAUACCUCCACUUCUUCUUCCUCUACUCCAUCAUUCCAACUCGCCUCCUCUGAAUCCACCUUCUCAUGCCGCUCAGCUGCAUAUGGUCCUUCCUCCUUUCUGUCUGCACAGAGCCAGCCCGAGCUGAGCAGGAAUGCAAUGCCUCCUCUUAACCUCGAGCGCUGGUACCAGGACAUCAUGGCUGCUGGAGACCAUCAGUCAUGUCCUCCACCGCUGCCUGCAAAGUCUUUUUCCACACGCAGACACAGUCAGCUGUUGAAGUCCAAAUCAGAUGGUGAGGUCGGACAGGCAGCAUCAUCGUGCACACUGCCGCACUCCAGUGGUGCCGCUCAUGAGAAAAGUGCAUCCGCUAAGGGGUUACAGUUGAUGCUGAGAGAGAUGUCCAACCCAUUAGACAUGGACUCCAGGUGUAAGCUGGCUCUGCAGAGCAAAGAUCUGUCACCCACAGUCCAUCACUCCAUCCUGCAUCACCAGUCGCCACCGAGUGGCAACCAGGCGUACGACACCCUGAGCCUGGAGAGCUCCGACAGCAUGGAGACCAGCGUCUCCACCGGCAACUCCGCCUGUACCCCAGAAAGUGCCUGCGGGUUAGAGGCCCAGAGGAUAGAAGAAAUGGAGAAGAUGUUGAAGGAGGCGCAGCAGGAGAAAGCCAGACUGAUGGAGAACCGAGAGAGGGAGGUGCAGGCUCGGCGGCAGAUGUUGGAGGAGGAGCGGAGGAGGCGAGAGGAGGCCGAGAGGAGGCUUCAGGAUGAGACGGCCCACAGGCUGAGGCUGGUGGAGGAGGAGGUGAAGAUGAGAGAGAAACACUUCUCCCAGGCCCGUCCGAUGACACGUUACCUGCCGAACCGUAAGGAGGAGUUUGACCUGCGUGCCCACGUGGAGUCGUCCGGCCACAGCAUAGACACCUGCCCCUUCGUCAUCCUCACAGAGAAGAUGUGCAAGGGCCACUUGGUGAAGAUGGGCGGCAAAAUCAAAUCAUGGAAAAAACGCUGGUUCGUUUUUGACCGUAUCAAGAGGAACUUCUGCUAUUAUGUGGACAAGCACGAGACCAAACUGAAAGGACUCAUUUACUUUCAGGCGAUUGAAGAGGUUUAUUACGAUCACCUGCGCAGUGCCACAAAGAGCCCCAACCCGUCUUUGACCUUCUGCGUGAAAACCCACGACCGCCUCUACUACAUGGUGGCCCCGUCUCCAGAGGCCAUGAGGAUCUGGAUGGAUGUCAUAGUAACGGGCGCCGAGGGCUACACACAGUUCAUGAGCUGAGGGACCACUGGGUGGCAGAUUUGGAGGAUGACAGGGACUGAGGGAGCGACCCCAGACACCUGCGAGCCAACCUGAGCCGCAGCUGGAGCUUAAAUAUGAGACACACGGCCUGACGGUGUGUAACCGAGGCACAUUUGAAGAGACGUAUAAUGUGGGGCUCUCAUAAAAAGCCUGAUGCCUUCGAGCAAAUGAGGGUUUAGUGUUGACAAAGGUGCAAUUCAAAGAGUUUGUUAAGAAGUUGUAUUUAUCUUUCAGCCGCUAUGAGAAGGAAAACAGUUUGAGCAACCUGCCAAUGGAUCCACGAAAGGAGCUCUCAAUUACAUCAAUCACAUUCUGCUACCAAAAUGUAAUUAAUUACAAUAUAAUUUCUGAUAUUUCAGGAGGAACACUUAAUAUAAGCUCCAACAGUUUCCACCUCUGUAGCCGAUGUGUGCGUGCAGUGUUAUCACUCUAACGAUGCCUUUCCCUCCUUUUUUGAUACAUUUGUACUUUUUUUUCUUCAGUUUGUAACUUUUCUCAGAUGAAAGAUUAAUAUCUUGAUACUUCAAAACACUAAAAAGGAAAAAUUUAAUAGCAAAUAUUCUAAAAAAAUAUUCUAAAAGAGUCAUAUGUUACUUAUUUGAUUCAACAUUACUUGUUGCUGCAUAUUUUAUGUAAUGUUUUGUCAGAUUUCUACAAUGCAAAUGUUAAUAUCACUCUAUAUAUUGAUUUAUUCAGGCAUAUAACUCAACAUUAAUCUGUCUGUACUUUACAUAAAUAUGUCAAAGAAAACCUUCUAUGAGCAUUUUAACAAAAUCUAUAAAUUAUAGUCCUAUAAUGAUGCUGUAAAACGACCGUGUACAUGGAAUAAUAAAAUUAUAUGGUGCA